CUAACUACAGCGCCUCCCAAAACGCCCCGUAUUUCUCUUGUUGGCGGCAAUUGCUUACAGUAGUGCAGCUAUCAAACACAGCUCCCAAAUUUCUGCGAACGGAACCAAUGGGGGAGGAAGAAGCACAGCAGCAGCGGCAGCAGCUGCAACCCAAUCCAGACGAACAAGUUUCUGAAAUCGCGCAACAAGAAGAAUCAAUCCAGCAACAACCAGCAGACUACUCCUGGACCCCGCCGUCGAUUUGCUUCGGCGUCCCUCCGGUGCGAACCUACCACUUCACCCACCAGUUCAGGACCCCCUCCAACCCUAACAACUUCCUCAAGGGCGUCAAAUGGUCUCCGGACGGUUCGUGCUUUCUUACGAGCGCCGAGGACAAUACUUUUCGUCUUUUCUCAUUACCAGAUAAUGGAGAUGGCUAUUAUGGAAAUGCUUGCUCAUUGGCUGCAGAUGCAGCUGCAGAUUCAUAUACUGCAGAUCUUAUUGUGAAUGGGGGAGAGUCUAUCUAUGAUUUCUGCUGGUACCCUUACAUGUCUGCUUCAGAUCCAGUCACCUGUGUUUUUGCAAGUACCACUCGUGACCAUCCUAUUCAUCUUUGGGAUGCUUCUUCAGGCGAGCUGCGUUGCACUUAUCGGGCUUUUGAUGCGAUGGAUGAAAUCACGGCUGCCUUUUCUGUUGGUUUUAACCCAGCUGGGACCAAGAUAUUUGGUGGAUACAAUAAAUCUCUCAGAAUAUUUGAUGUUCAUCGCCCUGGGAGAGAUUUUAAGCAACAUUCAACCGUCCAAGGAAAUAAGGAAGGGCAACCAGGUAUUAUAUCAGCCAUUGCUUUUUCCCCCAGUCAUACGAAGAUGCUAGCUACAGGUUCCUAUUGCCAAACUACUGCAAUAUAUAGUGAAGACAAUAUGGAACUCUUGUACAUUUUACAUGGGCAAGAAGGUGGGGUUACACAUGUGCAAUUCUCGAAAGAUGGUAACUAUCUAUAUACUGGGGGGCGAAAGGACCCUUACAUACUAUGCUGGGACAUUCGCAAAGCUGUUGACAUUGUGUACAAGAUAUACAGAUCUUCAGAAAAUACCAACCAGCGGAUAGCGUUUGAUGUGGAGCCCUCUGGUCAACACCUUGGUACAGGUGGUCAGGAUGGUUUGGUUCAUAUUUAUAAUCUCCAAACAGGGCAGUGGGUAUCGAGCUUCCAAGCUGCACUGGACACUGUUAAUGGUUUCUCUUUCCAUCCGUUUCUGCCAAUGGCAGCCUCUUCGUCUGGACACAGAAGAUUUGAUACACUUGAUGAUUCUCCCGAGGAUUUCAGUUUGAGUGGCGAUGAAAACUGUGCUUCUAUUUGGAGUUUCGCUUUUGCUUCUAUGGAGGACAAUGCUGCUGCCAUGGAUUGUGGGGAAUUAAACAGUCAAUCUGAAAAUUAGAACAUUUGCUUGGAUCCUUGACUUGUUUGCAGGACACAACCGAAGCCACGAGUCUGAUCAAUUAUUCAGCUUUGGUCAAGGCGAAGGUUGAUUCAGCGGAAUUCAUGCACUUCCCUGAUGUAAGAGGCCAGUUUUCUUGAGCUGACAUUGAUAUCAGAUGAACAAAAAUUGUCGAACAGACGAAUGUAAUAUCCAUUGCAUCCGUCAAUGCUGUAUCUAUAGUUUACUUGCGAACAAAAAUUGUCUAACAGCUUGAAUUAAGGGUGCAUACAGAUCUAUGUUCCUGUACGUGCUCAACAAAGUAGGCAACUCUGUUAUUCACUGAAAAUUAGCCAAGUCAACCAACCAA